AGUAUUUAAUAUAUAUUUAUGAUAAAUGAAGAUUUAUUUUGAAAUCGAUAAUCUCUCUGACUCUUGAAAAUCGCUUGGUACAUCGUAGAUGAAUUGCAUAAGAUGAACCGUCAUACGAAUGUUAUGCGAUAAAAUGAUACAAUUGAGAUUACUUCCCGAUUUUUAUGCAAUUGAUAUUAAUACGAUCAGUAAUCAUUUACUAAAUCUUACCUCCAGUCACGCUUAUUAAGAAAGCACGUUUUUUGUUCAAAAGGAAUUUAAUUCCCAAACAUUCCAUAAAAAUCAUAGGCAAAAAUGUUUUAAAUUUCACGGUAUUGAAAUUUUAUCAAAUACGUUUGUUAUAUCAAUGUUUUUUAGGAAGGUUUUUUGUCAUUUUCGGGAGCUUCAAGAAACCGUGCAAGGGUGAAAUAUGACACAUCUUUCGAACUCUUAUUCUUCUUUCUUUCUUUCUGUUCUCAUAAAACUUUUUGAAAACUAUUCAAUUUCGGUAAAGCGUAGGAGGUCAUUUUUGCCUCUGUCCGAAGCGGCAUCGCGAUAAAGAGUAGACGGCGAUAAGAUCUGCGGAUCGGUUGCGUGGGAGCGAGAUGGCGAACAUAAGGCGGCAUUCCCACCUAAUCGGACGAGACUGCAAAAAAACAUUGUAAAAAAAUAUGAAAUCGAUCAUGAAAUCGAUCUCGUCGGUGUCAUCCAUGUUGCAAAUCAUCCAAAAACUAUCCUUCAUAUUUACGGCGGACAACGACAGUUCGUGUCUCCAGACAGCUCCGGAAUAUUUGACAGAUGGACGCGCACCUUAAUCCAUGUUACCGGUGUUCGACGCUCCCCCCAGCCCCACUCCUGCCACGUUCCCCACUACGCGCGGCGCGAAUGUCCAACCACGACGCAUGCGUCCGUCAUUUCCCAGUAGUUCCGAUCGGCCGGCCAAUCGGACGCGCCGCGUGGCGUCAUCGCCGGCCAAUCGGCACCGCUCCCGAUGACGACAGCUCUAUUUUCGGCCGGCGUGACUCACGGCAUAUAAGCGAGUAAGUUUAGUUGGGUGUUCACAAGUUGUCAGGCCACCGUGGCGCACAGGGUGAUUCGCGUUCGCGUACUAACGCAGACCAUACGUUCGCCGCUGCGUUGUGUUCCGUUCCGUUCCGUGGAGCAGAAAUACGGCACACGCGCACCACGUCGCGGAUCGUGAGUCAUUGUUGUGUUGACAGCUGAGCGGGCAGACAGGAAGAAUCAGCGGGCAGGCAGAUUACCGCAAAGUUGCAGCGGCGUAGUAAACGCCGAUAAAACGAUUAAAUUUUCCGAGACCUGUCGGAAUCUCGAUUGACUCGUAUCGGUGCCGCCGGUAGUUGGUUGGUGCGCGAUACACCGAGUGAGACGUGACAAUCAGUCCCGCGAAUACCACCGACCGGGUAGUGGCACGGUGUAGAAUAAGGAAAGAGACGGCGGCGGCGGUCGACCGCGGAUGAAUUUUUGCGUACGAGUCGCGCGGCGGCUUGUUAUGUAAUCGCUGUAGCGCGGAGCGAAGUGUUUGCGCGUUGACGUCGAUAAAGAGAAAGAGAGAGAGAGAGAGAGAGAGAGAUAGAGAAAGAAAGAGACGAGGAACGUCGUAGAACUGCGUGAACGUGCGUUGAAGCAACCUCGAAAGAGUCCCCCGUUUAGUUCUUCGGGCUGGUGAAGUAAAUCCGCGUUACUCCGGAGGGAACGAUUGUUUUCCCAUCCGGAGGCGAGAGAGACCAAGAGGAGUCGAGGGUGAAACCUCGGUGUUCGUAUCCCGCAGCGAGUCAAUCAGCCCGACGGCAUCGAUGGUGCGCAGCAUGACGAUGGAGCCGACGUUCUACGAGGACGCGAGCGUCUACAACACGAUGAACGGACGCGAGAACAGCAUGGGCCAGCUUAAGCGGAAUCUCACGCUGGACCUAAACGGCUGCCAGAGACAGGGCUCGCAGGCCAAGAGGCCGCGGCUGGGCCCGUUGCCGCCCGUGCUGAACAACGCCACGCCGAUUCUGAGUUCGCCGGAUCUUAACAUGCUGAAACUCGCCUCGCCGGAACUCGAGAAGCUCAUUAUGACGCAGCCGGACGGUCUGGUCACCAGUCUACCCACGCCGACCACUCAGAUCCUGUUCCCCAAGGCGGUCACCGAGGCGCAAGAGUUGUACGCGCGCGGCUUCGUCGACGCGCUGAACGAGCUCCAUCACUCCGACAGCUCGCAGGAACCCGGCAGCGUGCACGGUGCCACGUACACGACUCUGGAGCCACCCGGUAGCGUGCAGAGCACCGAGUCCACCUUGAGCAAUCCCGGCCUGGUGCAGAUCAAGGAUGAGCCGCAGACGGUGCCGAGCGUGUCUAGCACGCCGCCGAUGUCGCCGAUCGACAUGGAGAAUCAGGAGAAGAUCAAGUUGGAGAGGAAGAGGCAAAGAAACCGCGUGGCCGCUUCCAAGUGCCGACGGCGCAAGCUCGAGCGCAUCUCCAGGCUGGAGGACAAGGUCAAGCUGCUCAAAGGCGAGAACAACGAGCUCAGUGGCAUCGUGCACAAGCUAAAGGAGCACGUGUGCCGGCUCAAGGAGCAGGUUAUGGAACACGUGAACGCUGGCUGUCACAUCAUGACUGUCAACAAUCACUUUUGAAGCUCCCACGUCGACCUUGUUGCGUCACGUGCUUUAGGCCACCCUUUCCACAUCUUCUUGCCUCCUCGGUAGCUUCCGCGAAGGAAACGAACAGUGAAUUUUCCCGUUACUAUUGGCCCCGAUUGGUCUCGUCCAUCAGAUCGUUUGGAUCUUCUCUCCCGCGAGUGCGACACCGGAGAAGGACCACCGGAUAUGUACAUAUGGACCUAUCAUUCGGAAACAUUUCCUCUUCUUAUCUCGACCUCAAGGAAUUCCGGCGAGAAAUUGUUUACAUUUUUCUCCGAGCGAUAUCGAGAAACUACGAGAAGCAAAGUCUUAUAUCUCAUCUAUUGAUAUCAUCCAUGUUAGAAACUCAAGUUAAAGAAGCUGAUAUUUUUCGAGAAAUGAGGGAAUCCCCGUCGUUGUUAGCCUGGAAAAAAAGGAAUUAUUCGCAAGGGAGAGAAGAGAGAGAGAAAGAGAGAGAGAGAGAGAAGGAGUCCAUCGUGUGCAUCACACUUGCUGUUUUCUCUCUCGGUUCUUUUGUGGAUACGAUUGGGAGGAGAUGAUCGUGCGAUCGACGACAACAGCAGUGAGCAGCAGGCGGAGCAGGAGGAAGAGAAGGAGGUGACGCGGUCUAGAUGGAGAAGGAGGAAGGAGUGCCUUCGUACAGACGUGAAACGUAAAGGAUGUUUUGGGAGAGUGGCGGAGUGUGCGCGCGUGCGUGUUGCGCGCAUGCGAGAGACUUUACACGCACGAGCGAUGGGCGAAUGCGUGUAUGUUGUAUGUAUGA